AUGGACCAGAGAAAGCCAGUGGUAGGCACCCAGAGAAGGGGACUGAGGGCCAGCUGCUGGCAAGUAACCAUUGCUGCUGCCGUGGUGGGCAGCGUGACAGCCCUCUACCUGGGGAUCCUGCUGGCCUGUCAUCCCACAGGAGAGACCAGCUUUGAGCACACAGUGGAGCUGCAAGGAAUCACAUUCAACAGCAGCUUACAGAGGGAGAACUCGGACUACUACAGGGUGCUGACGCCUGCUCUUGAGAGGCUGUUUCUGUCCAGUUUCCAGGACUCCCAGCUGGACUGGAGUUGCACUGGUUGCACCAUCCUGGGCUACAGCAGAAAUGGAAACUCGAGCGUGAUCGUCCGUUUCCGCCUCCUCUUUGCCCCCCAGGAUUCCCAACCCCUGAGCUCUACCAUGGAGGAGGAAGCUCUCAGACAUGGGCUGGCGGCUGCCUUGCACAAGCAGGGUCUCUCCCUGGCUGCCUAUGGGACUAUAUCCUCAGCUUCUCUUACAGGUCCCAGUGAGGUUUCUCCCCACAGACCUGGACUGAAAUCAGGGAACUGCCCUGGAGACACAUUCACUUGCCUCAACACCCAGUGCGUGUGGAAAGAAAACCCUGAAUGUGACGGCCAAAAAGACUGCGCCGAUGCCUCUGAUGAAAGGGGCUGUGACUGUGGGAGCCGCCCUGCCAUGCAGACUGCCACCAGGAUAGUCGGAGGCUCAGAGGCAUCCAGAGGGGAGUUCCCAUGGCAAGUCAGCCUUCAAGAGAACAAUGAGCACUUCUGCGGUGCUGCAGUCCUCACAGAGAAGUGGCUGGGGGGCGGGAGAACCUUGCACCCGUUUCAGGACCCAUCCAUGUGGGCAGCUUACACAGGGACCACUUCCCUCAGAGGCUCAGACAGUGGUGCAGUGAAAAUGGGCAUCACACGGAUCAUCCUGCACCCCUCCUACAAUGCCGACACAGCUGACUAUGACGUGGCCGUGCUGGAGCUGAAGAGACCUGUGACCUUCACUAAGUACAUCCAGCCUGUGUGCCUGCCAGACGCUGGACAUCACUUCCCCACCAGCAAGAAAUGCCUUAUCUCUGGCUGGGGCUACCUCAGGGAGGAUUUCUUGGUGAAACCUGAGUUCCUGCAGAAAGCAACAGUGGAGCUGCUGGACCAGACGCUGUGCUCCAGCCUCUACAGUCACGUCCUCACAGACAGGAUGCUGUGUGCUGGCUACCUGGAGGGGAAAAUCGAUUCCUGCCAGGGCGACUCUGGUGGGCCCCUGGUUUGCGAAGAACCAUCUGGCAAGUUUUUCCUGGCAGGAAUCGUGAGUUGGGGAAUUGGAUGUGCUGAAGCCAGGCGGCCCGGGGUUUACACACGUGUUACCAAACUCAGAGACUGGAUCUUGGAUGCUAUUUCUGCCUUCUCCACCUCCAUAGCCCAUACUGUCCCUCCAAUACACUCCAGUACUAACAGUAACGUGGCUAGCUCUGAAGAGCUCAACAUCAGCACCACCAGCGCAAUCCCCACCACUUCACCAGCCCCAGCUGCCAGCAAGCCAGUGACUGCAUCGAGACCACAAGAGUGUGGAGGACGACCUGGGUUCUCUAAACCCAGCAAGAUCGUGGGAGGAACAGAUGCUUCCAGAGGAGAGAUCCCCUGGCAAGUCAGCCUGAAAGAAGACUCAAGGCAUUUCUGUGGAGCCACCAUAAUUGGGGACCGCUGGCUGCUGUCGGCAGCUCACUGCUUCAAUGAGACAAAUCCAGAAGAAAUCGAGGCCUACGUGGGAACAAUAUCACUAAAUGGAACAGAUGGGAAUGCAGUGAAAGUCAAUGUAACAAGAGUGAUCCAGCAUCCCCUCUUCAACCCUAUUAUUCUGGACUUCGAUGUGGCUGUACUUGAGCUGGCAAGACCUUUUGUCUUCAACAAAUACAUCCAGCCUGUCUGUCUCCCACUUGCUGUGCAGAAGUUUCCUGUUGGCAAGAAAUGCAUAAUUUCUGGGUGGGGUAACCUCCAAGAAGGGAACG